UAUACGUAGAAUGUGGCAAAAACAACAAAAGUGAAAAAUUUAAAACAAAUUUUACACAAUUCUUAUUCUAGCUAAUAUUUAAUUUAAUAUUUAUUAUAAUCAAUCAAAAAGUUGAUAAACUACGUUAACAAUGGAAAUGGAAUACGAUGAAACUGGCUGGCAACAGGGUAGGCCCAAGCAACAAGGAGAAGAUGAGGAAAUGCCCGAGGAUAAUCCCCAAGAAACUAUACAGGAGUGCUUGGAGAAAUUUCUAACACCCGAUUAUAUUAUGGAACCUGGCAUAUUUACCCAGCUUAAGCGUUAUUUUCAAUCUGGCGGCUCGCCGGAAGAGGUCAUUAUGAUGCUGUCGGAAAACUAUAAGGCAGUGGCGCAAAUGGCAAAUUUAUUGGCAGAAUGGCUUAUAUUGGCGGGGGUUAAGGUAACCGAUGUCCAGGCCAUGGUGGAAAAUCAUUUAAAGGAUAUGAUUUUGAAAACUUUCGAUCCCAAAAAGGCUGAUACCAUUUUUACCGAAGAGGGUGAAACUCCUGAUUGGUUGACCGAAAUGAUAGAUCAUCCCACUUGGCGUUCUUUAAUUUACCGUUUGGCCGAAGAGUAUCCUGAUUGUUUAAUGUUGAAUUUUACCAUUAAACUGAUAUCGGAUGCUGGAUUUCAAAGUGAAAUUACUUCGAUUUCAACGGCGGCUCAACAAAUUGAGGUAUUCUCGCGUGUAUUGAAAACAUCUAUAGCUAAGUUUCUUAGUAAUCCCGAGGAUAUACAAGGUGCCAUACAAGAAUGUGCACGUAUGGUGUGUCACGGUCAGCAUACGUAUGUUUAUUCUCAGGUUUUAAUUCAAGUUUUGAGCCAAGAGCCCAAAGGUGGCUUCAAUAUGAAACGCUUGUCGCAGGAGAUAACGAAAUAUGCGUUACAAAACAAUCAAAAUGUUACUCCCAUUACUAUGGCUCUAAACGGUUCAGCUGCUUAUCCUCAGGCCUGUCAGGCUUUAUCAUCUAUGCUCUCGCGUAAUACCCUUAAUCCAGCCGAUAUUACUGUGCUGUAUCGCAACUAUUCGGGAACAGAUCCACCACCAAUUGAUCUUAUCAGAAAUCCUCAAUUUUUGGAACUACUAGUAGAUUCUCUCUUCAAAGCUGGCGUAAAGAUAAAUCCCGAACAUAAAUCGAAAUAUAUUCACCUAUUGGCCUAUGCAGCCUCUGUAGUAGAUACACCUGCCAAAAAAAGACCUUUAACGGAAAGAAUCUUAAAUAAAGAGGAGUUGAAGAGCACUGUACAAGCGAUAGAAAAAGUGCAUGCCAUUUGUAAUGUCAACAAGGGGUCUACGGAAUUAAUAGCUGAAUUGCAAACGCUGUACAAUUGUAUAAAAUUCCCUGUCGUGGGUGUGGGCGUUAUACGCUGGAUAGAAAACACCGUCACAGAACCCUCAUACUUUAAACUUUCCACCGACAGCUGUCCCACACAUUUAGCCAUUUUAGAUGAGGUAGCUGCUGUGCAUCCCACUUUACAUCAACAAAUUUUAAUCCUCUUAAUACGCCUGUUCGAGUCGAAACAAGAUGAAUUGGAAAUUCUAGUACAAUUGGAAAUGAAGAAAAUGUUAUUGGAUCGUAUGGUGAAUUUACUAACACGCGGCUGUGUAGUGCCUGUUGUCAAGUACAUCAAACAGUGCUGGGGUAAAGGUGACACCGAUAUCUCGCUUAUACGUUAUUUUGUCACAGAAGUUUUAGAGACCAUUACCCAUCCUUAUUCGCCGGAAUUUGUAUUGCUAUUUUUACCCAUGGUAGAAAAUGAGGAAAUUACUGGCACUAUGAGAGGUGAAGGUGAUAAUGAUCCGGUAUCGGAAUUUAUAGUUCACUGCAAGGCUCAUUAUACUACUGUGUAACAGCGUAAGAAGGUGAUGCUUGAUUUAAUUAGUUUAGUUGUGAAAUAUUUUUUCUUUUAUUAUUUUCUUUUUAAUUUAUAUAUUAAGUGUGUCUCUUUUUUAGGUUAUUUUGGGAAUAUUUCCUUUUAUAUUUGGCCUGUUCAAUAACAAAUACAUUUUUAAGAAUUAUUACAAAUUUGCACAGAAAAAUAAAAACUAUUUGUAAGAAUUCGUAAUUGAUUUUUGUUAUUGAACAGACCAAUAGAAAAAAAAACAAAUAAUAAGUAUGAAUGUAAAAAUUAUAUUUAAAUUUUUAAUGUAAUAAAAUAUUCAAUAAAUGAAUAAAGUAAUAAACAAAA